AGGAGGCGGAAGCGGGGAGGAGCCGCCGCGGGAGCUGGACUGCAUCGGCCGCGGCGUCUCCAUGGCACGACCCUGGCCUCCGACUUCAACGACUUCAUAAGGAGACGGUUCUGGGCGCAGCCGUGCCGCUCUUGGACAGUUGCUGUGCGACUUGGACAGUAGAGGAGCGCCUCCCAAGUUUUCAUCCACCUGCCACCCCCAAAGCUUCCACCCUCCUCCCCUCAGAGAGAGGACGUUUGAUGCCUGGCCCCUGAGAUUCUCAUUGGCAAGUCCCUCUGGGUCCCCCUGAGCAGAGCCUGCCGAUCCAAUUGCCCAACUUUGCGGCUUUGAUGCUUAGCCAUGUCUGCCUCAUCCUCAGGCGGCUCCCCCAGGUUUCCAUCGUGUGGGAAGAACGGAGUAACGAGUCUCACACAGAAAAAAGUCCUGAGAACACCUUGUGGCGCACCCAGUGUAACUGUGACGAAAUCUCAUAAGCGCGGAAUGAAAGGGGACACCGUGAAUGUACGGCGGAGUGUCCGGGUGAAAACCAAGGUACCUUGGAUGCCCCCUGGAAAAUCAUCUGCCCGGCAUGUGGGAUGCAAGUGGGAGACUCCACCUCACUGUCUGGAGAUCACACCACCGUCUUCAGAGAAGCUGGUCUCAGUAAUGCGAUUAAGUGACCUCUCUACAGAGGACGACGAUUCAGGUCACUGUAAAAUGAACCGUUACGAUAAGAAGAUUGACAGUCUAAUGAACGCGGUCGGUUGUCUCAAAUCUGAGGUCAAGAUGCAGAAAGGCGAACGUCAAAUGGCCAAAAGGUUCCUGGAGGAGCGGAAGGAGGAGCUGGAGGAGGUGGCUCAUGAACUGGCAGAGACAGAGCAUGAAAACACUGUGCUCAGACACAACAUCGAACGCAUCAAGGAGGAGAAGGAUUUUACCAUGCUCCAGAAGAAACACCUCCAGCAGGAGAAGGAAUGCCUCAUGUCCAAAUUGGUGGAGGCUGAAAUGGACGGAGCUGCUGCUGCCAAGCAAGUCAUGGCCUUAAAGGAUACCAUCGGGAAGCUGAAAACCGAGAAGCAGAUGACCUGCACCGACAUCAACACCCUAACGAGGCAGAAGGAACUUCUCCUGCAGAAGCUGAGCACGUUUGAGGAGACCAACCGCACCCUUCGAGAUCUGCUGAGGGAACAGCACUGCAAAGAGGGGUCAUGUGAGGUGCUGCAUCCCUCUUCCUGCUAUCACCCCAAGAAACCACUCAGCUUGCCAGCAGUGUCCAUUUCCUCGUUGUCUGAUUCCGAGAGACUAAUGGAGCAACAAGGUGCAUUACUGAAACGUCUGGCAGAGGCGGACUCAGAAAAAGCGCGCCUGCUGUUACUGCUGCAAGACAAGGACAAAGAAGUGGAAGAACUCCUCCAGGAGAUACAAUGCGAGAAGGCUCAAGCAAAGACAGCGUCUGAGCUUUCCAAGUCUAUGGAAUCCAUGCGUGGUCAUCUACAGGCACAGCUUCGGUGCAAAGAGGCUGAGAACAGUCGCCUGUGCAUGCAGAUCAAGAAUUUGGAGCGCAGUGGGAAUCAGCACAAGGCGGAAGUGGAGGCCAUCAUGGAGCAGCUGAAGGAACUGAAGCAAAAGGGAGACCGAGACAAAGAAACCUUGAAGAAGGCCAUCCGAGCCCAGAAGGAACGAGCUGAGAAGAGUGAGGAGUAUGCCGAGCAGCUACACGUGCAACUUGCCGACAAGGACCUUUAUGUCGCCGAAGCUUUAUCUACUCUGGAGUCAUGGAGGAGCCGCUACAACCAGGUUGUGAAAGACAAAGGAGACCUUGAGUUGGAAAUUAUCGUCUUGAACGACCGGGUGACAGAUCUUGUAAACCAACAACAAAGCUUGGAGGAGAAGAUGCGGGAAGACCGGGACAGCCUGGUAGAGAGACUGCACCGGCAGACUGCUGAGUAUUCUGCAUUCAAGCUGGAAAAUGAGAGGCUCAAGGCUAGCUUUGCCCCUAUGGAGGACAAGCUCAACCAGGCUCACCUGGAGGUCCAGCAGCUCAAGGCAUCAGUGAAGAACUAUGAGGGGAUGAUCGACAACUAUAAGAGCCAGGUGAUGAAAACAAGAUUGGAGGCUGAUGAAGUGGCCGCCCAGCUAGAGCGCUGCGACAAAGAGAACAAGAUCCUUAAAGAUGAGAUGAACAAAGAGAUCGAGGCGGCCCGCCGGCAGUUCCAGUCACAGCUGGCUGACCUGCAACAGCUGCCUGACAUUCUCAAGAUCACGGAGGCCAAGCUGGCUGAGUGCCAAGACCAGCUGCAGGGCUACGAGAGGAAGAACAUCGACCUCACAGCCAUCAUUUCAGACCUGCGCAGCCGGAUUGAACAUCAGGGGGACAAGCUGGAGAUGGCGAGAGAGAAACAUCAGGCUUCCCAGAAGGAAAAUAAACAACUGAGUCUGAAGGUGGAUGAACUGGAGAGGAAACUGGAGGCCACCAGCGCCCAGAAUGUCGAGUUCCUACAGGUGAUUGCCAAGAGGGAGGAGGCAAUCCACCAGGCUCAGCUUCGGCUGGAGGAGAAAACGAGGGAGUGCGGCUCCUUGGCCAGGCAGUUGGAGAAUGCCAUUGAAGAUGCCAGGCGGCAGGUGGAGCAAACCAAAGAGCAGGCACUCUCCAAGGAGCGAGUAGCCCAGAGCAAAAUCCUGGACCUUGAGACCCAGCUGAGCAGGACCAAGACAGAACUUGGCCAGCUUCGGCGGACUCGUGAUGAUGCCGAUCGUAGAUACCAGACCCGGCUGCAGGAUUUGAAGGACCGCCUGGAGCAGUCUGAGAGCACCAAUCGCAGCAUGCAGAAUUACGUCCAGUUCCUCAAGUCCUCCUAUGCCAACGUGUUUGGGGAUGGCACCUAUACAUCUUCCUACCUGACGAGCUCACCCAUCCGCUCCCGCUCUCCUCCUGCCUGAGGCCACCUGUCCAGGGUAUGAAGCCCUUGCCUGAUGCCAGGGAACUGAGGAGUUGCCAACCCAUAGCUGGCAAGCCCACUGGCUUUUUCUUCCAGUGAUCAAAUGUGCUCAGGGUCUAUUCCUCAAUUUAUGCCAGGAAAGUCCCUAGAGCUGCCAGGGGUGAACUAGGAAGAACCUAGUUCUUAUUCCUCAUCUGUGAACCUGAUGUAAUUUUUUAAUGAUCUUCACAGCCUUAUAUUUGUUACAUUAGGUACCAGAUUUUUAAAUCCCUGUCACUUUACAGAGUCUGCUUCCUUUCCUCAGGGGAUGUUUGGACAGACUUUCCCUGGCAGGCUCCUUCCAGCAUUUCUCUCUUGGCUUUCUCUAAGCUGGAAGCAGCAGGAGUCCUUCUUGGACUGUGAAUGCCUAACAUUGCUCUUUCCUUUUUUUUUUUAAGUUUAUUUUUUUAUUUUUAUUUUUAAUAAAUAUAAAACUAUUCCUAUCAAGAUAUAGUGAAAUCAGGUAAAUUGCUAACUGAGUGAAUCUGCUUUUAUCAGCAUAAAAAGACAAUGGAGGCAGAAAGAUGUAACAUUUAGUCAGGGCUCAUGGAGUCAUGCUCCCAUGGAGUCUGUAGUUACACAUGAGCAGCUUGUUUGCAUUCCUUAGUACAUAGCAACUGGCAUAGUCACAGCUACAGCGGGUGUGUUCACUGAAUUGUUUCAACACAAACCUAAAAGUUGCAAGUGUGCUUUUAACAGUGUAUCCUGUUCACGGUGCUGUUGCCACUUUAACUCACCACCUUUUAAAGGCAAGAAAAAUACAGAACCCUUCAGGAACUUGGGUGUCUUGCUUGCACAGGGACCAUGCUGAUCUUCUCUGUAUCGUUCCAGUUUUAGUAGAUGUGCUGCCAGUGGGAGCACUGCUUUUCUUUCCUUCUUGAUGAGCGGGCAGGAAGCAGAGUUUUCUGUAGUGCCAGUGGGGACCUCCUGUGUCUGUGUUUCUAGAGGCUGCUUGUUCCCAGCUACUUGACAGAAGUUCACGUUCAUCUGGCCUUAGUCGUAGUUCCUAUCUCACUGCUUUACAUUUCUGUUCGUAUCUUUGGAAUUCUUUUUUUUUUUUUUUUAAUUUUUGUGUGAGUUUACAGGAAAUAAAGUUUUUAUGAUUGAUUAUUUAAGACUUUUUUGAUCUCCUUCAUCCCCUCAUUUUAAAAAGGAUAAGCAGAGUGUGGUGGCACACACCUGUUGUCCAAUCACUUGGAAGGUGGAAGCAGGAGGAGCAUUUCAGUGUUAUCCACAGCUACAUAAUUGAGGCCAACCUGGGUUACAUGAGACCAUGUCUGAAUAAAAACAUCUUUUUAAUGAUAAAA